AUGGCGACGACGACGUUUUACACGAAGCAAAGAUGUAAUUGGAUAGAGGGAAGAGAUGCAAAAGUUGAUGAGGUUAUGAGAGAAUGGAUGCAUAAAUUCUGCUCGUUCCAAGAUGUCAAAAUUUGUGUUUCGACGUUCAACGUGAACGGAAAGAGUCCACAAUCGGUGUUUCCAACGUGGUUCUCACAGAAACGAGAAGAUGUCGCCGAGUUUUAUGCAGUUGGUCUACAAGAAAUGGACCUAUCCGUCGGAACCUACAUUAUCGACAACACCAAGAAAAUGGAGGGAUGGACUGAUGCGAUUCAUAGCUCACUGCCAGGAGGACGAACACAUUUUAAUGUGAUCGGUUCGAUGCGACUCGUUGGAAUCUUCGUCAUCGUAUUCCAAUCAGUUCACAGCAAAGUCCGUGUCACUGACAUCAACGUGAAAUACGUGGCAACUGGAAUCUCGGUGCUCGUCAACAAGUUGGGAAACAAGGGCGGAACGGCGAUAUCGAUGAAGAUGAACGAUACGUGGGUGUGCUUUGUGAAUGCUCAUUUCGCUGCUGGAAACAACGAAUUGGAACGAAGGAAUCAAGAUUUUCGAGAUAUUUAUAAUGAUGUUGUGUUCUAUCCGAGGAGUCAGCAAGAGGGAUUGCGAGACCGACCUCUAGAAGUGCCCGUGAUGUGUUUGUAUGAUCACGACGUCGUUUUCUGGUUUGGAGAUUUGAAUUAUCGACUGAAUACUGACGGAAAAAUGUCGAAUGAAGAUGUACGGCGGAUAGCUUCUAGUGAGAAAUUCGCAGAUUUACUUCAGUAUUGUCAGCUCCGCGAGCAAAUGACACAUGGAACGGUAUUCAAAGAUUUCAAAGAACCUGAUAGUCUACCAUUCCGACCUACUUACAAAUACGAUUGUGGAACGAAUACAUGGGAUACGAGUGAAAAGGGAAGAGUACCCGCGUGGACGGAUCGGAUUUUGACUUUUACGAAGCACUCGAAAGUUGGAUUGGAAUUAAUACAACCGAUGGAAAGUGUGGAGACGAUCACGAUUUCGGAUCACAAACCAGUUCGUGCGUUGUUCAAUUUAAAAGUGAAAAAGAUCAACGAGAGCGGGGCGAACAGUGUUUACGAGGAAGCGAUCAGAGAAGCCGAUCGACGAGCAAAUGAAGAAUUACCUCAGGUUCAAUUGAGUUUGAAUGAAGUCGAUUUUGGAAUUGUCAACUAUUUGGAGCCGAAGACGCGGAGUGUUAUUGUGCAAAAUGUUGGAAAGUCUAAGGUGCGCUUCUCGUUCAAAGUUCGUCCAAACGCAAGGAAUAAUCAAGAGAUUUGCGAGAAAUGGUUGAUGGUGACGCCUACUCACUACCAAAUACCACAAGGAUCUUCUAUGGAGAUCAGUCUUACGGUAUCGAUUAGCACUGACAUUGUCCGACGGAUUCAAGAUGUGUUGCGGAAUGGACAACUUCAAGAGAUCCUGGUGUUACACUUGGAAAACGGACGAGAUUAUUUUAUUCCAGUCACUGCUGUUUAUAAUAAUUCUUGCUUUGGAAGCACACUAGAGAAACUUUUGACAGCUAGGCCUAAGAAGGAAGUGAAUCUUAUUGAUUUUGAUGACUUUUCUGACAAUUUGGCAUCUGACAACUGCCCUCCGUAUGUUCCUCGAGUUGUCUAUCGUCUUGUGAUGGCUCUCCGAGUUCGUGGAGCUGCUCAACUGAAUAUCGAAGAAGAAUUGGACAAUGCAGUGUUUAAUAGAAUUCGAUCUGCAUUGGAAACUGGAAAUCCAGAUGAUAUGAGCACUAUUGCCUCUUCCUAUAUGCUUUACAGUGCAUUGAUACGAUUAUUGGAUUCCCUUGAUGAGCCUGUUAUUAUGGAAGGAAUGUUCAAAAUAAUACACAAGGAGAUGAUCAAAUAUCGGACGGACGCUAGACAGUUGUGGACUACGGUUCGGUUGAGUCUGCCUAAACCGAAUCAAGCAGUUCUCGAGCUCGUUUGCCUCAUGCUUCGCGAGUUUUUCAGCCAGAAAUAUGAACUUAGAGAUCAACUAUCCCUCUGGGCAGGAGCACUAUUCCGACAUGACAUCACCGAGGAGCGAAUGAAUGGAAUGUAUGCAACUGUUCUGCAGACAAUGUGUGAUUAUGCACCUGAUGUUGCACUAGGAUAA